AUGAGAACGAGUUGAAUUACUUAAAAGACAAGAAGAAGAAGAAGAAAAUGAAGAACAAAGCUAUAAGAGAGGUCAAAUCCCACGACCACAAAUCCAAUAAUAUAAAUUCAAUUCAAUAGAAACAAAAAUUAAAAAUAAAAGAAACUUUCAAAUUUUGUUCUCAUAAAUCAUCAUCGACAAAGAAAUUCCAUCCCACUGUUCUCCCAAAGCAUCUCCAAUUAGAAAAGAAUCCUUUUGGUUCGCUUUGGUUUUCACGAAUCUUCUUCCUCUCCGACUUUUCUUUCAUUUCAUUUAACUUUUCAAAAAGCUUAUUGGGUUUCUUCUAGAGAUUGAAAUAUUCCCCUGUUUUCGAAUCAAAACCCAUUUCAGAAGAUGGUUCAGAGAAUUGUAGCGAACAAAUUUGGAGUUCAAAGUGGUGGUGGUGGUGGUGUUAAAGGGGAGAAGAGAGUUGCGAGUUUCAAAACUAGUUCAUCUUGUUCUUCUUCUCAGAACCCAGAUUGUAAAAACAGAGCAGCUGAUUUGAAGAAGAUGAUGAAGACAUCACGAGCUAUUCAGCUUUCUGAAUUCGAGAUCAGUUUAACUUCAUCGCCGAUUAGGAAGAAUAUCUCUCUGCCCGGUAAACCACCACCCAAUUCUUCUAAUGUUUUGGAAAUCAAACAGAAGCAAAAUCAAGCAUCCGUGAUUAGAACCAGCGAUGGCUCGCCUAAUUACAUGAAAUCCACAAGCUGUUUUGAUGCAAGGAAAGAGGUUUCUCAGGUGAGUUCUCGGAAUUCUCGAAUUUGUGGUGAUAGUAAGAAACCCAGAAGAAGGAAUUCAGAGAAUUCUACUCAUGGGUCUGUUACUGGCCUUAAGCCCACUAAGAGUUUGACAAAAUCCUCCAGUAUGAAACUGGUUAGAACUUUGAAGAAGGCACCAAGUUUUAAGAAGUCUUCAAGAGUGGCUCUGUGUGCAGACAUGGAUUCUCAUAGAGCUACAUGUUCUUCCACUCUCAAGGAUUCUAAGUUUCCAGCAUACCUCAUGCUGAGCCCUGGAGCAACUGAGUAUGAAGGAACAUCAGCCAUGAAAGUCUGUCCCUAUACUUACUGUUCGCUUAAUGGUCAUAGACAUGCUCCUCUGCCUCCUUUGAAGUGUUUCUUGUCUGCAAGGAGACGUUUGUUGAAGAAUCUAAAAGUUGAGCCUUCUGGUCUUGGAGUGAAAGGAGUUGAUGAUGCUGGUGGGAAAGUGCUAGAUGAAGAAAAAAUGGUCCCAGAGGAUUUGGAAAAUGACGGUGGGUUGGACUUUUUCAUUGAAGUUUAUGCUGAAAAUAAGGUUGAUGAUGCUGGAUCAAUUAAUCAAGAUAGGGUAACGAGUGGAGAUCGUGCUGGUGUUUCUUCUUCUACCGUGGAAUAUGAAAUGAAAUCGAGCAAUGAAGAGGACAAUAAACCAGUUGCAGAGAACAUAUCUGAUGGAUCCAUGGAGUAUGAGGUUGGUGUAGGUGAAGAAGUGACUGAAGGAACCUUCUUCCAUGGGGAUGAGUAUGAGGAUGAUGCUGCUUCGACGGAUUCCGAAAUGGAAAAAUGGGAGGAGCAACAGUUUUUGAGCAUGGAAAAUGAUGGUUUGGAUGAGGUUGAAGAUCAAUCAAAUGCUGUAACUGAGGAUUUAUCAGAAGUGGCUCAUUUGCAGAAUGGAGAACUUGCUGGAUCUGUUGGCUUUGUAAAUAAAAAUAGUGGGAACUUUGAAGAACAGUUCUAUAUUGAGGAUUCCGACUUGAAUCGCCAUCCGGAUUGGGAGGUGGAAGGGGCUAGCCAAGUGUCGGAGAGCUUAAGCUUUGAUCAACUUUCUUAUUUAGAGGAUGAAUAUGAUGAGAAGAAUGCUACACAAGCUGUUUCUGAAAGAGAUGAAAUUGAAUAUCUGGAGAUGAUUUUGAAUUAUGAACUGGAAGCUGAGGUUGAAGAAACUCCCUUUGUAACACAGGAAGCUUCAGAUAAAGAGGAGGAAGGACAAGAUCUUCAAGUUGAUAGAGUUUCUGAUGAAGAAGUUUUGCUGUUGGAUUACCAGCUCCCCAACAAUGAUCUUGUCUUGCAAGAGAAAUUACUAGAUGCCGAUAUUGAUAAUCAAAUGGAAAGCAAUAAACAGCUUGAUGAUUCAAGCCAUGGAGAUGAGGUUGCUAUUGAGGCCGAAAAUUCUGAUGGACAAUUCCAAGAAAUCUCUGCUACUGGAAACAGUAAUUCUGUUGGUGAAGAAGAUGAAACUGAAUCUUCGAUAGUCUUAGAAAUGACAGGUAAUGAGGAGCCCAGUGAUCUGAAGAUAGAAGAAACUUCUAUGAAUGAUAGUAGCAUCGUGCCGGUCGACAUUGUGGAAGGAAAAGAUAGAGCACGUUCAUUACUAAAAGCAUCAAAAGUAUCCCAUAACGCAGCCGAAUCCAGCCAAGAACUUGAUCUCUCAACCAAGAAUUGGGAAGUGAAUGCAAAAUGCAGGAGAUUAGGAGAUGAAUCAGAAGAUCGGGACUUCAAUCCACGAGAACCAAAUUACUUGCCUAUGGUGCCAGACCCGGAAGGCGAAAAGGUGGAUCUCAAGCAUCAGCUGAUUGAUGACAGGAAAAAUGCAGAAGAAUGGAUGGUUGAUUAUGCACUUCAACGAACCGUCACCAAACUUGCACCAGCUAAAAAGAAGAAGGUGGCACUUCUGGUUGAGGCUUUCGAAUCAGUCAUGCCAACAUCUCGCUACGAAAUCCAUCUUCGGAAUAAUGCUUCGGGAGCUUUUACUCCUGCCAAACGCAUCCAAGCUUGUUUUUGAUGGUAGUAGAAGAGGUAAACCUCCAAACACCAUCUUACCAAGUUCAUUUGUUUUAACUUUGUUUGACUAAUGAAACUAAAACUUCAAAAAGGCAAAAAAAAAAAAAAAAAAAAACUAUAUAUAUAGUGAUUCUAGAAUAAGGUUUGUAGCAGAUGAUCAACAGCAACAACUUGCUUGUAUGUUUAGGAUGUUAGAGAGGCAAGAUGAACUAAUUAUGAUGUGUAAUAGGAGUAUGAAAAAUACUUGAGUGUGUUAGAAAAUUGUCAGUUUCUUGACACAGAAGUAUUCGUUGACGAUGGUUUUAAAGAUGAAGAAUGAGUGGCAGGGAAAUUUUCUUUGCUUCCAUACAUCCCUGUUGGUGAACUGCAAGGUUUGAGAGUUUGUCAUUGUGUGUGUUUGAUUCAAAGGGCAUGAAAGAGGAAAACAGUUGAGUAAUGUCUGAUGUCUGUAAAUUAUAAUUUAAGCUAUGGUGUCACUUGUUCAUGUGUGUGCUUGUGAUGAAGGUGUAUUAGUAAAACCUUCAAACCCUCAGCUAAUUUCAUAAACAUUUUUCUUUUCUUCA